GGUCAACAAAAUGACUGUACAUUAACCUAUGACGCAAUAAAUUUAUUCCCAAAACUAAAAGUUUAAGAGGUAAACAUCACAUAGAGCCUUUUCCCAAUAGCACUAACAACAUGAAAUCUGCAACAAUAAUCAGAACAUGGAAGAAGCUUUGCUUGCUCUUUGCAUUUCUCUUGACUAGAGCUCAUGGAAAUAAUACUUCCUGCUCUUCCUCUGAACUCUCUUUUGGGAAGCUCGACAAAAAUCUUAAGGAUUUAAAAAAUUGUUUGGAAGAUGUAUCUGCUACAUGGACAACAUAUCAAAAAGCAAACAUUUUUAAUCAACUACGCUUUCUGACUGAUAUCUUCCAGAAUCACCAAACCAGAGAGUUACAGAAUUUACUGCCAGUAAACUGUUCUGCUCCAGCAGUGCCCGAGGAUGGAGGCCUGCUGUGUGCAGCUGCGAAGAAUGCGAUCUACUGUAAACCUAUGUGCAAUGCGGGUUAUGAUUUCACCUUUAUAAGAAGAUCAAGGCUGUUUGAGAAAUGCAGUGCUGCCACAAAAUACAAAUGGACAACACAGUUCUUUGGUGGCAACACGCUGGCUAUAUGCAGCAAGUCCCACAUUGCGGUAUCAGGAGCCUGCUCUGCCUACUUCCCUAAGAGCCACGACUGUCACAAAAUAAAGAGCCAUGAACAACUAAUGAAGAAUAUAACAAACAUCUUCCAAUCAGAGCUGGCUAUGGCAGACAUCACACAAUUAUCAGAUCCUAUCAUCCUUCACUGUGGCUAUAACAAAAGCUAGAUCCAAGAAGGAGAUCUAAGAAGUGCUGGGUAUAAAUUAAUUUUUUUUUUUUUUGCCAUAUAAUGUACUGUAGGCAUGAUUCAUGACAUGUAAGUGCAAAAACUUUAGGAAAAUGUAAACUCUAGAAAUUUAUAACACUUAAUGUUAAAGGGUUAGUUCACCCAAAAAUGAAAUUUGUCAUUAAUUACUCACCCUCACGUCGUUCCACACCCGUAAGGCCUUUGUUCAUCUUCAGAACACAAAUUAAGAUAUUUUUGAUGAAAUCCAAGAGGUUUUUUAAUCCUCCAUUGAAAGCAAUGAAAUCACCAUGUUCAAUGUCCAGAAAAGUAGUAAAAACAUUGUUAAAGUAGUCAAUGUGACUACAGUGGUUCAACCUUAAUUGUUAUGAAGCGACGAGAAUACAAAAACAAAACAAAAAUAAUGACUUUAUUCAACAAUUUUUCCUCUUCCCUGUCAGUCUGUUAAGAAGUUGGCGCAGUGCUGCGUUUCCGUGUUUACGUCCGAACGCCGGCUCCUGCGUCAGCAUCACACACGUGCCUUGUGUUGCUCACGUGAAGAGGCGUCGGCCAAUACUGAGGUGCCGUUUGGACAUAGAACCUGGAAGCUACAACGAAAAUAGCGUAGCAGAGGAGAGACGGGGAGCGACAAAUUUGUUGAAUAAAGUCGUUAUUUUUUGUUUUGUUUUUGCGCACAAAAGGAAUUCUCGUCGCUUCAUGACAUUAAGGUUGAACCACUGUAGUCACGUUGACUAUUUUAAUAAAUAUUAUGUUGUGCAUAAUGUGCUCAAAUCAAGUUAACCACAAUAAUUUAAUGACUUAUAAUUGAGAAUAAUAAUUUAAUAAUUUAACAACUAAUGUAUUUUCAUAAUGACCAGGCCCAGUAUAGAAAUACCACGGUAGAUGACAAGGGUAAAACAUAAGGAGCAAACUGCCACAUGCAGCAUCAUUUACAAAGAAUAGAUUUUUUUCUAGCUCUAAUUUUUGGGCUGGGUAGUCUUACAAAAUCUUAAGACAUUAGUCAUAUUUUUCUAAGCAAUUUUACAGUGCACAAUUAAUCACCCUCAGACAAUGGGAAAAUAAAGCAGCCUAUUACUAAGGGGGUUUCAGACGAUUUAAUUUCCGUGGCUGGAAUAAUCUGCCCAUUGGGGUCUAAGGAGGAGAUGAGAAUCAGACAGAUCAGCUUAAUGGCAGAUGUGCACCAGUCAUCCAACCUCACCAAUCAUAGCCUAAGGCCAAUAAAUCUAUCCCUGUUUAUUUCAUACACCAAUGCUGUAUGUGCAACAGAAAUUGAAAAACAGUCCAUUUUUAUCUGUCCAAAAUGUGUAUUUAAUCAUUUCAUUACAAACAAGCAGUCAAUUUUUUGGAUUGAUACGAAUCCAAUUCAGUCUGUAUGCAACCCUGCUUUUAUUGUUAAACAUGGAUAUUAAAAAGCAUUUAAAUGUU